AGCGGUUGUGCGUGCAGAUAUCGUUGUGCUCGGGAUCCGGACACCGUCUUCAUAGUCUCUAUAACAGUCUUCGCAACCUUCAAGAUACCGCUUCAUCUCUCAGCGCUCGGCAACCGGAGAGAAAGAAUCAUCUCGGAAGACCAUUCUUCUUGUGUAUGAUGACAGUACGUUAAAUUCGAUUAAAAUUUGCGCUACAAUCGAAUGCGUUUCAUAGUGUGAAAAUUUAGUGAAUUUAUUACUGUGUAUUUAAACAAAUAUUUUUUAAGUGAUAUGUAUAAUGAGGUUAGCGUUGCCGUUCGUUAUUGUCUGAGGUCCUGACCUUUCGCCUCUCUUUCUUACUCUUGUGGAUUAAAGUGAGUGAAAGAAGGAUAAAAGCGGGAUGGUAUGUUGCUGAUGGCCGGACGAAGACGUGAUGCUGCUCGGAUGUGUGCACAAUUAUGGUACCCACCAAAUCCGACAGUACCACGACCGCUAUGAUCAACCAAAAGACAGAGCAAAAAUUGGCAAUGGCAGUCUGGAGAAGAGGUGUGAGGCAACAAAUGCAACUCGAUACCUAGUUCCUAGAGUGCUAUGAAGCCGAUAACAUUCGAAAACCUUCGCCGACUUGUCGGCGGAGGUCGUAAAAAGAAAGAAAAAGAAUCAUCUUUCAAACGAAGUGAAUCUUUUAAAAGAAUAUCAAUUCGUAGAAGUUACUUAGAUCGCGGAAAAAAGAAACAUGUACAUAAGUUAGAAGUUUCAACGCAAACUGUUACCGAAGAAGAAGAAAUUUUAGAAACUGCGAAAGAGACUCCAGGUUCUGUGCAAGUGGAGAAGAGAGAUGUAGCCGUGGCCACUAAUGAUUUAACUAUCAAGAAUGAGGUAAAGUGCAAUAAUAAGUACAAAUUAGAGCAAAGUAAGAGCGGGCCAGGUCAAAGCGUUAUCGCCUAUGGACAAUGGCUGAGGGGGAUCAGAAAAACUGAAUCUUCAAAUUCUACGGGUAUUAAGGGUUCAGAAAGAACCAUAAUAUACGUACCAGCUUCUGAUGAAAUUGUUCCUCCACCUGUUAUUCGACAAUUAUCUUCAUCACCUGUUUUGAUAAAAAAAUCUCCAAUACAAAAAAGAAAAUCCAAACAAAGGAGUCCCAGUUUGCAGAGAAAAGAGAGCAAUGAUUCUGCAGUGGAGAUGUUUCCUUGGGGCGAUAGUACCGAAUUAAAAAAAUCACCUUUAGUUAGAAGAAGAUCCAGGCAAUCCCCUUUACCUCUUUUGCCUGAUUCUGGUGCUGAAGAAAUGUGUUCCUUAUCAAUAAGUUUAGGACGAAUAUGGAUAGAUGCUCCUACUGGCAUGGCUCCACGAAGUUUAGAAUUACCAAAGUCUACAGGCCCUCCUGCUCCAGCUCAUCAUUCGUUAGAUAGUGCACUUAAGGACUUAAGAGACGACCCCAUUGUGAUUAAUAGGUUACAGAAGAAACCUACUCCCCCAGUGGGAAGAACAUUAUCGUCAACGAGUAACACAACUGCUUCAACAGGUUUAUUUUCUAGUAAGGAUUCUGGCUUUUCAUUCUCGAUAUCGGCUCCGAAAUUAAACGAUUUUCACUCAAACUUUGCUUCGCCGCCAUCUCGGGGACUUUUUAGAAAAAAGAGGCCGAAGCCAAAAUUAUCUGUCAGUAGGGAUGGUUACUUUAAACGAACAAGUGGUGCUUUAGUAGUAGAUACAAAACGAAGUUCAGUGACAAGAAAACAUAGUGGUAGGAAGAAAAAUAAAAAGAAGAAGAGUGUUAAAGAGAGUGGUUCGGUAAGAAGUGAUUUAUACCAAGUGAUGGUUAGUAGACCUUCCAAAUCUUUACGUUCUUUAAAAUUGGACCCGAUGAUUUUCGUUCCUCCGGAAAAAAGGAAAAGUUGCAUAAAUCGGAAGUCAUCAUUUAAAUACGGUCUCAGUGAAAUACGUAACUGGACACCUUUGGAUAAUUCCAUUUACGUUAGUCGAAGUACUUAUAGUACUGAUGAGGGGCUAUACGAAAGCCUUACGGGUGACUAUGAAUAUUUAUCAGACGAAUUAAGCUGUAACAUAUCCCGUUUAACUUUGACUAAUGAUGAAUACGAAAAUUUUGCUUGUGGAUCUCCAGUGUCUGAUAAAUCGACAAUUAGUCUUUUGGUCAGUGAUAGCUCUAAAAGUGACAAUCCCUAUGUGCCUCCAGGAGUUUCACCAGUGCCAAAAAGAAAACCAGUUAGACAGAAAAAAACAGGAUUAAGUCACAAACGGAGUAUUACUUACGUAGUCAAACCAACCAUUAUCAGGGCUCCUUCAACUUUAAGACGACAAAACAAAAAAGGUGACAUCACACAAAAAGGAUAUGAGAAGAAACGAACGAGACUGCUUACCCCCUACAUUCCUAAACAUAACCCAACUGGUAGCGGUGGUACCGAAGGUGGUACGGGUGACAUCGGAAGUGGCGAUAGCAGUGGUGUGGCUGGUAUUGCCGGAAAUGGAAAGCAUCACACCCGACGACGAACUCAACGUCGUGUUACGCACAACGAGAAGCGAUAUCAUUCAGAAGUGCGACAAGAGGCCGUUCAACAGGCUCUCGCGCAAGCCUUGCAGAAUAGACACAAACCUUCGAUGCCGAUGCCGUCCAAAAGAACAUCAGUUAUGGCGAGAAGUCCUGACCGGGAUAGACACGAUUCUGAAUCUUCGUCAGACGAAGAUAGUAUUGUGAAUGAAGAAACAAUCGAAAGUACGCCGGAGAGGGAACGAGUCAAAGACCGUAGUACUCCUCAGAUGUUUCCUCCACCACCGUUGUCUGAUACGAGUAGUACUGGAUCGCCACCGCCAUUACAUCACAGACCUCGACUGCCACCACCAAAUAAUUGGGAGGAUAAAAGAAGAAUCGAAAUAACGGAAAUUAGCGACGUUCUUCAAAAUUUUAGACCAUAUUCUCAACCCCCGGACGUCACUCAUAAUACAGCACAAGGAGGUCGUAGACCAGCAGCAGAUAGAGUUAACCGAUAUGGUUCUUCCGGAUCUGAUGAUACUGGUACUGGUACCGGAAGAUGGAAGGUAUCUACUAAAAUUCAGCAGCUUUUAAAUACUCUCAAAAGACCUAAGCGACGACCAUUACCAGAAUUUUAUGAAGAUGAUGAUAUCGAAUUGGAAAUAGCAGCUAACCCCAAAGAUCCAAAUGCCCCGAAACCUGAGGGAAGCUGUAUGAGCCCAGCAGUAGGUGAACAACUUGUAAUACCAUCAGGGCUACCUAGAAGUUUAGAGGCGGCCAUUAGUAGAUAUGGAAAUGGCACUUUUAAAGCACCUGUAGCAACUGUACUAGAUCCUAAUGGCAAACUGUCAGUAACAUUAACAUACGGUAAACUGUUUAGUCGAUCGCACAAAAUAGCUUACGCACUUUUGACCAAAUCGUUUAGUAAAAAUGGUGAUACUAGUCUAAAAUGUGGUGAUCGUGUAGCUCUAGUCUAUCCAAAUAAUGAUCCCAUUAACUUCCUUUGUGCUUUUUAUGGAUGUCUACAAGCUGGGAUCGUUCCAGUGCCAAUAGAAGUGCCUAUUACAAGACGCGACGCCGGAUCCUUACAAAUCGGAUUUUUAUUAGGUAGUUGUGCAGUACAAGUAGCACUAACUUCGGAAGCAUGUUUAAAAGGACUUCCAAAAACUACUUCUGGUGAAGUCAUCCAGUUUAAAGGAUGGCCAAAAUUAACCUGGUUUGUUACUGAGCACUUAGCCAAAACACCAAAAGACUGGUCUCCAACGCCAAGAUUAACUGACGAGACACCUGCUUACAUAGAAUACAGUACAGAUCGUGAUGGCUCAGUGAUGGGUGUCACAAUAACACGCACAGCAAUGGUACAACACUGCCGAAUGCUCACAAUGUCCUGUAAUUACACCGAAGGCGAGAAUAUGGUGUGCGUUUUGGAUUUUAAACGUGAAGUUGGUCUGUGGCAUUCAGUACUGACUAGCGUUUUAAAUGGAAUGCACGUUAUUUAUAUUCCUUAUGCUCUUAUGAAGGUAAACCCUGCCAGUUGGAUGCAAAUGAUAACAAAACAUCGUGCCUCUGUAGCUGUAGUUAAAUCUAGAGAUCUGCAUUGGGGUUUGUUGGCCACCAAAGAUCAUAAGGACGUUAAUUUAGGAUCAUUAAGAAUGUUACUAGUUGCCGACGGUGCUAACCCUUGGUCUCUUAGCUCCUGUGAUCAAUUUUUGUCGGUGUUUCAAACAAAAGGACUGCGGGCUGACGCCAUUUGUCCAUGUGCUAGUUCAAGCGAAGUCCUAACAGUAUCUGUCAGACGACCGGGAAGAGGAGGAGUGAACGCUACUGGACGAGGUGUUUUAUCAAUGCAAGGGCUCAGCUAUGGAGUAGUGCGAGUAGAUCAAGAAAAUAGCUUAACUUCUUUAACAUUACAAGACUGCGGGCAAGUAAUGCCCGGUUGUGUAAUAGUUGUAGUUAAAAUGGAAGGCCUCUCAUAUUUAUGCAAAACAGACGAAGUAGGUGAAAUAUGCGUUAACUCAGGAGCUACUGGAACACAGUACUGGGGUCUCCAAGGUCUUAGUAAUAAUACUUUUAAAGUCCAACCAUUAGGUGUCGAUGGAAAACCAAUUUCGGACGCUGAGUAUACCCGAUCAGGCCUCUUAGGUUUCUUAGGACCGGGAGGUUUAGUAUUUGUUUGUGGUUCGCGGGAUGGAUUAAUGACAGUAACAGGAAGAAAACACAACGUGGAUGAUAUCAUAGCUACGGUUUUAGCAGUCGAGCCUAUGAAGUUUAUUUAUCGUGGACGAAUUGCAGUAUUCAGCAUUAAAGUUUUGAGAGAUGAACGAAUCUGUGUCAUUGCGGAACAGCGACCUGAUUGUAGUGAAGAAGAAUCAUUCCAAUGGAUGUCACGUGUGUUACAAGCAGUCGACUCAAUACAUCAAGUUGGUCUUUAUUGUUUGGCGUUAGUGCCUCCAAAUUAUCUUCCAAAAACUCCACUUGGAGGAAUUCACCUGUCAGAAACCAAGCGAAGAUUUAUGGACGGCAAUUUACAUCCAGCUAAUGUUCUUAUGUGUCCUCAUACUUGUGUCACCAACUUACCCAAACCGAGAGAAGUUCAUUCAGACGUGGGACCAGCGUCUGUUAUCGUCGGAAAUCUUGUUCAAGGGAAUAGACUUGCUAGCGCACAAGGAAGAGAAGUUGGAGGACUUCUUGACGAAGAAGGUGAUUCUUCGAAAAAGCAACAGUUCAUCGCCGAAAUACUUCGAUGGAGGGCCCAAUGCACCUCCGACCACAUUCUUUUUACUUUACUAAAUAGUAAAGGAGCAGUAGCUAAAGUUCUAUCGUGCUCUGAACUGCACAAAAAAGCAGAAAGAAUAGGAAAUUUGCUUGUAGAAAAAGGAAAAGUUAAUACAGGUGACCACGUAGCUCUCAUAUUCCCUCCUGGUCUUGAUUUAAUAUGUGCUUUUUAUGGAUGUUUAUACGUUGGUGCUGUACCAGUUACGAUUAGACCUCCCCAUCCACAGAAUUUGCAAACAACUCUACCGACUGUUAGGAUGAUUGUCGAUGUCUCGAAGUCUGUUCUAGUGUUAUCAAUUCAGGCUGUGAUCAAACUACUUCGUUCAAAAGAAGCCAGCAAUGUUGUCGAUAUUAAAUCAUGGCCGUUAAUUUUGGAUACCGACGAUAUGCCUAAGAAAAAAUUACCCGUGCCAUAUAGAGCCCCUACAGCCGAAAUGAUGGCAUAUUUAGAUUUUAGCGUUUCCACGACUGGCAUGCUGGCCGGUAUAAAAAUGUCUCAUGCAGCCGUUACGAAUCUAUGCAAAAGUAUGAAACUAGCAUGUGAGUUGUAUCCAAGUAGGCACAUCGCUUUGUGUUUAGACCCAUAUUGUGGCCUAGGAUUUGCUCUUUGGUGUUUAAGCAGUAUCUACUCUGGUCACCAUUCUAUUUUGAUUCCACCAUCCGAAGUAGAAAUAAACCCCGCUCUGUGGCUUACUGCGGUCAGUCAGUACAAAGUUAGAGACACGUUUUGCUCUUAUGGAGUCAUGGAACUAUGCACAAAAGGUCUUGGCUCCUCAGUCAAUCAGCUCAAAUCCCGAGGCAUCAACUUAGCGUGCGUUAGAACGUGUGUUGUAGUAGCCGAAGAACGACCAAGAAUUAAUUUAACUACUAGUUUUUCAAAAUUAUUUAGUGCAUUAGGACUUAGUCCGAGAGCUGUUUCUACGUCAUUCGGAUGUCGAGUCAACGUUGCUAUUUGUUUACAAGGUGCUUCUAGUCCUGAACCGUCAACUGUUUAUGUAGAUUUGAGAGCUCUUAGAAACGAUAGAGUAAGCCUGGUCGAAAGAGGUAGUCCACAUAGUUUGUGUUUAAUGGAAAGUGGAAAAUUAUUACCCGGAGUCAAAGUUAUUAUUGCCAACCCAGAAUCUAAGGGACAGUGUGGAGAUUCCCAUUUGGGAGAGAUUUGGGUACAAAGUGGUCAUAAUGCGAGUGGAUACUUUACUAUAUAUGGGGAUGAAAGCGAAUACGGAGAUCACUUUAAUGCUCAUUUAGUUACUGGAAACACCGGGGAAGUUUAUGCCAGAACAGGAUAUUUAGGCUUUUUACGAAGAACAGAAAUGUCAGAAAAUGCUGUUACCGACGAAACAAUAAUUAGUAGAGAAAGUGACAAUGAAUCUUUAGGUUCUUCACAUCAUGUCGUACCUACCGACUCACCCGAAUUGCACGACGCAGUUUUUGUAGUUGGUGCUCUAGAUGAGACGAUUAUGCUACGUGGGAUGAGGUAUCAUCCUAUAGAUAUAGAAAAUAGUGUUUUGAGGUGCCAUAAGAAAAUUGCAGAAUGCGCUGUGUUUACCUGGACUAAUCUACUUGUCGUAGUGGUAGAAUUAGAUGGCAAUGAAAGCGAGGCUUUAGACCUUGUUCCUUUAGUAACCAAUACCGUUUUGGAAGAACAUCACCUCAUCGUAGGUGUUGUUGUAGUAGUCGAUCCUGGAGUUGUGCCAAUUAACUCCCGUGGCGAGAAACAACGUAUGCACUUACGCGAUGGUUUUCUAGCUGACCAAUUAGAUCCAAUUUAUGUGGCUUAUAAUAUGUAAAAUGUAUCAAGUGGAGUGUUGUUAUAUUCACAACCGAUGUAUAAGAUGUACACGUAUAGAUAAAAAUCUUCCGGUAUAUUUUACAAAAUACACUUGAGUGUAAAAAAAGCGAUAUUUGAUAUUACACCUCCUGUUUCAAUGUGAGAAGUACGAAAAUAAAAAUAUGUUAUGUGCAAACAAUAGGGAACUGGCAUAUAAAAAUAUUUUUGCAUAAAAUUGUUAAUUUAUGUUUAAAAAUUGUAUAUUCAAAAUAUACGUCUUAACAAAGAAUGGUGUACGUACAACAACUGAUCAAAGUUCCGCGCCCAAAAUUUCCGUUUCAAACAACUUCCGCGAGCUGGGGUCUGACGUCACCAACCACUGUUCUCGUUCGCCCGUUCGGUGAGCUAUUGCAUGGAAUGCAUUUUGCCAUUGCUAGUUGUGCGUGUCGAAUAACUGUGUUAUUUGCUCGGUGUUUAUAUUAGUGUAUUUAGUGUAUACUAUACUUUAUCAAAAUUGAAAACAAAUUGCCUAAUAUAAGUACUAUAUAGUGCUGGAAUGCCAAAGCACAACUGUCAGAAUAUCCAACAAACAUUUUUUUACUCUACUAGCAGAACCAAAAACGUCGAUUAAAGUGGUUAAAGGCAGGCUUGCGAGAUAAAAAGGAUAUUUCACAAAGUAGCAAAAGUCUUUAUUUCUGUGAGGAUCAUUUCGAUGUGAGUAUUUAUCUAAUUAGGUACCUAAUAAGACAUUUUCUAUUUCAAGAAAAAAUAUGCAAUACAUAGAUGCAAGGUGGACAACAUUAAUAACUGGGUGAAAAGCAGAAGAGUAGAAUGGAACGACCACAUAAGCCGAAUUACAACAAAUAGAGUAGUAAGGACGGCGAGAGACGGUUCCCCAAUAGGAAGACAAUCAGUGGGAAGACCACGAAAAAGAUGGAAUGACAACUUACUGGAGGCACAUUGAAAAACACAUAGAGUAAUGUCUACAUAAAAAGAAGAAGAAGAAGAAAAAAUAUUAGUUGUUUCAUGAAAUGUGCCUACUUAAACUUUAUUGGUUACAGUUGGAACAAGACAUGGAUAACUAUAUAUAAUUCAAGAUUUUGGGUGGCCCCAUAAUUAUUACGUCAGGUGUUGUCCCGCACAUAUUUGAUUGUUAACUAGAUAGAAAACGAGCUUUUUCUCAGCCUGUGAGGGAAUUAGUCCUUAAUAGGGUUAAACGACAACUUCUUGAAGAUGCCGCUUGUAGAGGACAAUGAUGAUAAGAGACAGUGUGAUCUUAAUUUCACAAACUUAGUUCAAUCAGGACCUGAAUUUAACCAACCAUCUUUACCUCAAAAACGGUAUCUCAAUAAAGGUAUUCAAUGUAAAUUUUAAAGGUGUGUUACAGUCGAGUUGUCACCAUUGCAAAUACAUAAUAAGGAUGCAGGAACUUCACCUAUAAAAGACUUGAAACAUUAUUUGAAGAUACAAACAGUGAAGCAGGAAAUUCUGUAUUUGGAGAUAAUAGUGAAUAUAGUGGUAGUUAUGACUAUUGGUACAAUGAAAGUGAUUCUGUAUCUUGUGAUGAAGAUGCGAAAGAAGAGGAAGCAAAACAAUUUAAAAGUUUGUCUCUGAAUUGUACAGUGAUGAAGUUUCAAUAUAGACCUAGAUUGUAUACGUUUCAUUUUAUACCGUUUUAGUUAAUGGAAAUAAAACACAAACAAUGCAUCUAUUUUUAACUCUAAAAAAGAUAAGAACAGGACUCAGGACACACAUUUAUGUCUCUUGGAGAUGAUUUUGCCAUAAGCGAAAGAAAUGCUUCGAGAAUAUUUGCAAAACAUGUUCCAUUAAUUAGUAAAUAUUUAAGAUCUUGUAUUUUUAAUCCCCAAGUUAGUUCAAUUAAAUUAAACUUACCCUUAGCAUUUCAAUUAUUAAAGACGAUUAAAAUGUACUAUACAAUCCCCAGAAUAACCUUAUCGCUUUGUUUUGAAAAACCCUCAUGAGUAAUAGUACUUAUGCGUUUUAAACCCUUUAGAAAAGUAGCAAUUUCUAAAGAUUUAUAAAUUUCACUUUGAAACUACACAAUUCAUUGUAGAACUAUACAAGAGUACAAAUACUAACUGGUAAUUUCCAAUUAAAUGCGAUUAAAAUGUAAUAUACAAUUCCCGUAAGGCCGAUGUCAGAUUAUGCGUUUUGACCGGAUGCGUUUCCGCCGCAUCCGGUGAAAACGCAUAGUGUAACAGAUCGGUCCGGUUGCGUUGGAAACGGAUGCGUUUUGAGUCAUCGGUACGCGCUUACAAACUGCACCAGACUAAACGCAUAGUGUGACAGGUCGGUCCGGUUGCAUUGGAAACGGAUGCGUUUUCACCGCAUCCGGUCAAAACGCAUAAUGUGGCAUCGGCCUAAUACUCUAAUCGCGUUGUUUUCAACUCCUAGCCCGGUUGACCGUGGUCCUUGACGUCAGACCAAUAGAAGCACGUUCAAGCACCUCCUAAGAAAUUUGAAUUUCAUAGCAUUUUCAAAGCCUCGUAAUAAACGUAUGGGUUAAAAAUAUUGUUUUUUUGCAUGCAAGCGUUUUAAGAUCAUGUUACCUUAUGUUUUUUAAUAUAAUUUUAAUAUUUAAAAAUUUAUGCAAGUUCCCUAUUAUGUACUUUAUUAUUUAAUUUACAAAAACUGCUAUUGCAUUAUUUGGAGGACUCAUUAUAAAACAGUAUGCAAUACGAAUAGAGUUUCCUAAAUAUUCAUCAUUGCAACGAACGCAAGAAAGACGUUAUGAACAGAGAAAACAUCAACUACACAACGAAUUUAUUUAUUUUUCAGUAUUUGAUAUUAACACCCUACUCCUAAUUACACUUUCCAAUCGAUUUCGCAUGAAUCGGAAGACUUUUCUAAUCAAUUCUUAAGGUAUUGCUUACCAUUCAUCAUUAAGCGCAGCUCUCAAUUCCAUUAUGCUCCCUGGUGCAUGAUUUCUGUCCCGGGCCCUUCGUUUAAGCUCAUCCCAAACAUGCUCUAUUGGAUUUAAGUUCGGGCUCAACGCAGGCCAAUUUAUUGUUGGUAUACCAAUCUCAGUCAGAUAGGUGGUGGUGACUCAAGUGGUAUGGCAUCGUGCAUUAAAAUAAAUCCAUCGUAUGGAUCCAAAUGUUCGUCCAAAUGUCUCCCAUGUAACGAUCCGCCGUUAAACCUCCACCACUUCCUCCACCAGGCACGAAAACUAACUCCGUUUUCCCAUCCAUAAAAGUGCCUGCCCAAAACAUACAAGAACCGCCUCCAUAUGACACAGUUUCUUGUAUACAUUGAGCAAAUUGCUCUCCUGCUCCUCUAUGGACUCAACACCUUUUGUCGUUACCUUGUAGACAGAUCCUGCUUUCGUCGGAGAGUAAUACCUGACUCCAUUGAUAGUCGUCCCAAUGCAGAUAUUCACGAGUAAAUUCUAAUCGCCUUUGCUUCUGGGCUGUAGUUAAUUGGGACUCGUAGCUGCUGGUGUCAGGUUGGCUGCCUUCAGUUUUCUUCUGACUAUCCAAAUGUUGGUAACCACACCUCGAACUUUUUCAGCUCUUCUUUGAGAUAUUAGCACCAGUCAAAUAAAUGUCGAAUUCUCAGGGAUUUCGAUACGAGAAAUCGAUCAUCUCUCUCCGUUGGUAUUCGUGUACGGCCUCCACCUUGUCGGCACCAGUAUCUUGGUACCGACGAUACAUUAGGGACACAGCUGAUUGGCUCAGGCCUUCUCUCAAUAAUGAUAUCCAUUGUAAUGACGUGGUAUCCAUUUGUAACGAACGUGAAAACCUUGUAUAAGUGGCUGAUGUAUUAGUGGGUUGCUAUGGAAAUUGAUGCGUACGAUGAUGUUAACCGAAACAAGUCAGUGCGUGUCGAUGCCAAUGAGUCAAAUUCUGACCCCCUCUCUACGUUGCCUUCUUUAUUUGUAAUACGUCAUCUGAUUCACUCAAAAACAAACUUUUUUAAAACUCAAUAAUUAGGUUAAUGAUUGUACUAAAUAUUUUUCAAUUUAUGUACACUUUUUAGAUUGAAACAGGAAACGUACUUUCGCAAACUCAUUUUGAGUCGGAUUAUCUUGCACUCAAGUGUAGUUAAGAAGUAAUAGAGGCUUUUGAUAAAAGAAUUGUUUAAGUAACAUGUUUACCGGAAGUACUUAUAUUAUAGUUAAAUACGUAAUGUAUGAAGCAUAUAGCCGCUCUCUUAAUUUCUAUUUCAAACUAAGGAAAAUGGCAUUACUAAAAUGGCUUACCUAAUACAGCAACUUGUGAAUUGUUUAUACUUUUACAGUAAUUUUCUCAGACGGUUAACAUAUUUAUGCUAAAAACUCAAAAUAUCAAAACUUGGAACGCACCUUUUGGACUGUAAUAAAUAAAAACAUCACGAGGCAGUUUGUUAUCUACAAAUAAACAAUAUUUUACUACUAUUUUCAAAAUAUUUUCAAAAUUUGUGCUUGUUUAAAUACUUAUAUUACUGCUUUUUAUUUAACCUUAUUACUUUAUGAAAUCUUAUGGUAGCUUUUAAUUCAAUAAAUGCCUUUUAUUAUCCAAUGUGAAAAAAACUUAUUGGUCUCUUCGGUAUUAUUAAAAUUCUGAAGUAAAAUUAGACGUUGAUUAUCUGUAUUUAACACUAUUAGUUUGAUGUUAAAUAAUUUCUCGCUGUCAAUACAUACCGCUACUGCAAAGAUUUUAAGAAUGUGAUAUUGUCCAUAUCUCAUAGCAAUCAUCUUAGCUCAUUCAGCAUAGCUGAUCUUAUUCCAUAACCCGCCUCUUAGUCAUCGCAUAUGACUUGGUGAAAAAGUUUCUGUAAGUGCAACGUUUUGGUAAAUUAGAUAUUGCGUUUUAAGGACGUUCCUAAACUUACUUCAGUUAACUCGAUGAACUAUUUUCUUUUUUCAAUUAGUCUGAAAAGAAUUUAGCAUAAAAACAUGUUAUAACAUUGCAAAUAUACGAAGGUUAUAAAGAGCAAUAUAAAAAUUUAUGAAAUAGUUGUGUGAUAAAAUGAAAGAGACUAUAAAAUCAUUAAUACAAAUAAUAACAGUAAACGAAUGUAACAAGCAGAAACGUUUUAUUCCAAUAGAAAUAAUUGUCUCCCUUACACAUUGUCUCACACUACUAGCAGCAUAGAAGUGUACCAGGGUAAGGGUGUCAAUGUUGUCGUCUAUGUCUGGUAUCGAAACCGAACCUCUCCAGUAAUAGUAAUAACACCAUUUGAUUUUUCCGGCAGCUCAUGUCAAAAGUACAUUUACAGUUAAGAGAUCAACUAAACCCUUUCAAAAAUGAACUUCGAAUAUUAACAAGCAAAUAAAUUCUUCCAAGUAGUAAUACCUUAUUUUGGGUAUUUUUAAUUUAAUCUGAUGGACACGAAUUAAAUGGACAUACUAUUUAAUCUUUAGAUAUUCAUACAUUUAUUUUUCUAUAGAGAUAACAUUAUAGAUUUAAGAUACUGAUAUUUUCAUACCGAUUACACAAUCGCAAUGACUAUACAUUUCAAUAAAAAGGUGUAUUCGGUUCCUGAUAAAGUUGAUAAUGAAUUAAGUAAAUCUCGUAAGGUUUGAUAAUGCCUAGUAGAUACAUCAGUUGUGAAAUUAACUUUUAAUAAUAAUUUGCAAAUGGAGCCCAAUUAUGAAUUUUAAAACAAAAACUAUCAUGAUUCUGUGACUGUGCAAUGUCCCUAUAUGUCACUUGUCAUUGUCAAUGUCAAAAUUAAAUCUCCCAUCCCAGAGUAAGGAAAAAUGAAAAAUUGUGGAUUCGUGGAUUGUGAUUGUGAAUAAUGGUGAAAGGUGGUUGUUAUUAAAUUUAUGGCUGAAUUUCAAGUUUAAUAUAUUCUAAAUGUAAUAGCUAUAGUUUUAAAGUAACUGUUGGGAGUUUUUCCAAUCAUAACUUAAUAAUGUCUUUGGAACAAACAGCGUGUGAAGUUGUACUCUUAGGAGUAUCUCUCUGUGUUGCAACAGGAGCAAGUCAGUGGAUUCUUGACCCAGAAACUAGAAUAGUGUCCUUGUCACAAUCCUUAACCAACCAUCCAUUUUUCAUUCUGUCUACAGUGGUUUUAAUUGUGAUAUUACUACUUGGUGUACAUAAAAGAGUUAUUGCAUCUUCCAUAAUAACUUCGAGAACUAGGGAAGUUUUAGGAGAUUUUAACAUGUCAU